AUGGUGAACAAACUGCUUGCCAUCCCGCUUCUGGCCGGUCUGGCCGCCGGGUGGAAGAAUGACGGGCCCGCCAACGCCAACCACCUGUUCAACGCCGUGCAUGCCGUGAUGCGACACCCGGAGCUGGCGCAGUUCCCCAACGGCGUGUCCUUCUUCCUGGCCAGCGUGCCGCAGGGGACGCGCUUCUACCACGGCACCGGCCAUCCCGAGCCCAUCCCGGGUCUGCAGUGGGUGGCCUUUGAGCCCGAGCAUGCCUUGAAUUUCGCCCGGAUGGCGCGAGGUGGUCCGCCGGGAGGGGCAGCAGGAGGGAAAGAAGGAGCAGGCACGCAGCAGCCGUUGAUCGAUGGGGGGGACAACGGCGGGGAGGAAAGAUACGGGUAUCUGCACACAUAUGUGACUGCCAAGGAGCUUCGUCUGCUUUAUAUCGACGGCAUGUCGGCCGGUCCGGGCGGCUCGCCGCAGUCUCAGGACCGCAUCCUGUUCAACGACACCAUCAACAACGAUUUCAGAGGGGGCCCGCGUGUCGAGGGUAGCCUCGGCGGGCCGGCGCCUGAUCAGCAGCGUGCCCGGCUGGGGUGCCAGAUGGCCAGCGAGACCUGGGGGGGACGCAUCGAUGGCAUCCUGCGCACCGAGGGCGACUUUGAGAUCAUCAUGUGCGACUUUGAGAACAGUCUGGACAUUGUACGUGUUGUCCAGACCAAGCCUCGCCAGAGAACGAGAAGCCUGGAAGAGUCUGGCUCCAAGUUUGGGAAACGUGGGUUCACGGCGCGCUACGACGAUCUGCGCGGGCACCAGGCCGUGAUCGACUUUGAGCACAUGGUGAGCGCAUUCAGCUACGACAUCGACCUAUUCCCGAACAACGCGACCCGCCCGAUGCUCAAGGACGUCCCCCGGGCCUCGCUGGACCCUAUCAAGCGCGACCUGGACGCCAUGAUCCUCUCUGAAUCGCCCGCCCGCGACGUCUUCAACUGGCAGGCUGUGACGGACAACAUCAUCGACCGGUACGCGGCCCGUCUGCGGACCUACGCGGAUGGAACCUCCUUCGAGUCGAAAGAUGCCCUGUACGAAAACCUCGAGGCUUUCUUCGCCCCCUUCCUCGAUUAUGCUUCUUUCCCUGACGACCCGGCCGCCGUCAUCGCCAGCUGCCAGGCUCAGCUGAUUGCGCCGACCGCGCCCGUCGACGGCGCCGUCGCCCAGGCCGUCCGCCAUGUCUUGUUCCGCGUGUGCUCGACCUUCACGGACGUGCUGGUGCAGGAUCUCGAGCUGGAUGCCGCCCUGGACCGCUUCGAGGAGCUGGUCGCUUAUCUGGGAUGGACGGAGCUGACUGACUCUAACUAA